CGAAGCUCACCUGACUCACCUGAGACAAACCAGGAACAGUUAGUGGUUGUUCCUCCCUGCAGAGAGACACACGGACUGAAAGACAGACGAUCAGAUUCACCUUCAGACCAAACUAACUCCUUCCUCUGAGUUCAGCUACAGGAGAGAAAAGAGGGAGCUACAACACUGCUGCUUCAACCUGCUGACCCCCCCACCCUGAAGCUUCACUCAGAGACAACAUGGUAUCCGGUCUGUCAGGAAGUCUUCAGAGAUCCUGUCCUCCUGUCCUGCUGCCACAGCUUCUGUAGAGCCUGUCUGCAGAACUGGUGGAGAGAGAAACCAACACGAGAGUGUCCAGUUUGUAAGACAGAAUCUUCAAGAGGAGAACCCCCCUGUAACCUGGUGCUGAAGAACCUGUGUGAAGCUCUUUGAAGAAGUUAAAGUGAAGUUUGAUCAGACAGCAGGACACAUGGAGGCCCAGGCCCGACGCACAGAGCUGCAGAUUAAGGAGCAGUUUAAGAAGCUUCACCAGUUUCUGGAAGAGGAAGAGGAGGCCAGGAUGGCUGCACUGAGGGAGGAAGAGGAGCAGAAGAGGAGGAUGAUGGAGGAGACGAUGGAGGCUGUGAGCAGAGAGAUAGCAGCUCUUUCACACACAGUCAGAGCCACAGAGGAGGAGCUGAGAGCUGAACACGUCUCCUUCCUGCACAACUGCAAGGCUGCAGUGGAGAGGCUGCAGCGCCCCCUGCUGGAGGAUCCACAGCUGCCCUCAGGGGCUCUGAUAGACCAGGCCAAACACCUGGGCAACCUCAGCUUCGUCAGGGCCUUCUCUGCUAGCCCUGUAACUAACAAAAUAAAGUGUGUGUAAAAGGCUUUUCUUGAGUAUUUAGUUAUAACUUUUAAUCGUAUAAUAUCCUCAAAAGUGGAACAAGUACACUUGUUGAGGCUGUACUGGAUUUCCCUACAUCAAAAAGUCUGUUAAACACCUUUAUUUUAGUUGGCGGGGGCCCUUUUGAAAGAGAACACAUUGUAUUUGUAAUAAGCAUUAGUGACAGAUUCAUCAGCCAAUCACAUUUUGAUGUUCAAUGACGCCCCCUGGGCCUAGCAGCGUGUCCUGAGCUGCCCUAAACUUCUGUCGUGAACUCCCUUCACAGCUAUAGAGCGAAACAAACAUGGCUGCCGCUGCCAGUGCCGAAGCAAGUCUUAUUGCCAGUCCACUGAAAACACCUUUUUCAAGGCGUCCUUUUGGAGAAAAAGCGAAAUAUUUAAAAAAGGAAGACUAACAGUACAGGUGAUCUCCUGACUGCAGACGGUAUGGCAGAACUGGAUGCACUCACAUGCCUGAUCCUAACUAUCCCAGUGUCUGCAGCCUCAGUGGAGUGCUCGGAUAGAAACCUACACAAGGAACACAACUGGACAAGUAAGACUGUCUUUUUUGGCGUCUCUCUCCAUUGACAAAGGACUGCUCAAUCAACUGGAAAGGACAUCUACAUGAUGCGGUGAUUGAGCGCUUUCUUAAAAAAGACCGACGCGUGGACUUUGUUUACAAGUGACGGCUGAGUGCUACUGUUCGCGUCUUUCAGAGUGACGUGACACCAGUGCACAGUGACACGAGUAAUAGCAGAGGACUUUCUUGCUUUGGCUGGAAUGGAGACAUGCGAUAUGUAUUUAUGUGCUUUUCAAUUGUUUACUGAAGGCCCUGUCUGCACCCCCACGGUACGCUACUGACUGCAGGAGAAGAGGAGGGCCUCUUUAAAUCACUGGGGACGUUUCAUGAUAUCUGUGCUCUAAAUCUCAGGUGUUAUGAGAUUGUAAAUACUUCACAUUAGAUAUGGAGGAGCCUGUUUAUUAGAGGUCCUUUAAUGAACCUCUUCAGAGUCCACACCGUGUUCCUGUCUGUCUGCUUCUGCUGAUCUGUCGGCCGUCCAGCUCCUCAGCACUCUGUACUACUGUCAUACUGACCUCUGAAGUAUCCCCAUUGACCAAUCACAAUUCAGUAUUCAACUAAACCAUGUCAUAAGUCAUUUUACGCAGGGUCCUUGUUUUCAAUAAAGACUUAACCAUUCAGAUGAAAUGUUCCUCAGGGUUAGCUGACCCACAUUGGUUCUUGGAACCGGGACCUUCUCUUACAGUAACGGACGCAUGUUGCUGUUUGGGAUCAUUUGUGUGAGUGUAAAGGUCAAUGUAGGUCAACGUCUCCUUCUUCACAUUAACUCAUUUUUCUAU